AUGAUUGCGAGCCUGCUUCUAUGGAGUCGUGCGCCUCUCCUACUAUUUGCAUAUGUUUUGCUUCAAAACGUUUCUGCAGACGAAAUUUCAAUCGAACCCACCAUUCAACCGACAAUUUCCACAACAUUUGCACCCAUUUCAUCAUCAGGUGCACCAUCCAAUUUCCCAUCAGCUUCAGACGUUCCAUCUCCAUCUCCUUCGUUGUCCUUCCCCCCCUCUGACUUGCCGUCAGAGUAUCCAACUCCGGAGCCAACUUUUGCAAAUGAGGUUGUUUCAAGUGCCAGCUUUCGGCAAAGGUUUAUUGUUGGCAAUGGGAGGAAAUUUUUUCCGACCGAACUGGGUUUUAUCGAGUCGCUGUAUAUUGGAUCAACGGCGAAUUUUGCCACCGAUCAUCCCGAUGUCGAACUUCGAGUUGUAUCAAAAUGCAAUGUGACAGAUCAAGUACCAGGUCCAAAGAUAAACAGACGGUUUCUGUUGGAGAAAACAUCUAGGAAUUCGCUGCGAAGAAGCUUGCAGCAAGUCGAGUUUGUCGAUGUCGAUUUUGAAAUGACAUACAGCUCGGUUUACAUAAAUGUGACAGAUUACCCCAUUUUCUUCCAACAAUAUAUCAACCGCAACAACGAUACCAUUGUGAGCAAAAUGCAGACUCUUGGUCUUAAUGUCACACAAGCACAACAAGCACAAAGAUUUGUCGUCAUUACAACAGAACCUACAGUUGCCCCUGGGCCAAUUCCUACAGCCAUGCCAACACCGCUGCCUUCACUAUCAAGCCCACCAAGCUUGCAACCUUCCUUCAAUCCGACAGCCAUCCCUAGUGUAUUACCCACAGAUUUGUCCUCUGCGCCUACCACAUCGCCUCAAGCAGAAUUAAAUCAAGAUGGGCCAUCAACUGAAACUAUUGUAAUCGUCGUAUCGGUAGUGAUCGCUGGCUCGAUUGUCUUGGUGGGGUUACUGAUCUACUGUCGUAAGAGAACUUUGGAUCGCGACCGACAGUUUCGGUCAAAUACAGCGCAAAGAAAAGACGGAGUACUACAGCAGCCGCCAUACAGUCUUCCAACAGAGGGUCACCUGUCUGGUAUUAAUAGCAACGACUUUGCUGGAACUCACUCAUUGGUAAAAGGAGAUGAUGAAGUUGAUUUGCUGAACGAAUCUUUAAUAUCAGGCCAAUCUCUACUGUCGGCUGGCAACUCGAUGGACGGCGAUUCUCAUGACGAAGCUGAUCCGACGCAUGUUCUUGCAGAUGAGUUUGACCAAUACAAAGAUCCGCACCUAGAACGAAUGCGAGCUGAUGUCGAAGGCAAUCUGACCGGGUUCGAUAGCAUGAUGAGCCAAGCUUUGACUAGAGCCUUAAUCGACGACGACGACAAUGUUGACCCAAGAGAACUUUUAUGGGGCGGCAAUGGGAAGCUGACAGGGGCAGAAAUCGAAGCGAGUGCACUGGGGGAAGUGACUGACUGGCUGAAGCGAAAGGAGCAUGCAACUCUUCAAGAAAAACGAGGUUUCAUGCAGGAAACGUUGAACAAAAUGGUCGCAAGUGUGCGGCAGGGGGUUCUUGGUCCGGACGAUGCAUCUCGAACAAUUCAUGAAUGUGCUGCACUGCUUGGAUUGCAAUUGGCUUCUGAGAUUCCAGUGACAACUCUUAUUGUUACUGGUAUGAGGAAAAACGUUUCAGCACGGGAUAUGAUCGACACAUUUUGUGAGUUUGGGCAAAUAUCAGAAGCUGCAGUUGCACCAAACAAGCGUGAUUUCGGAAUACUGCGUUUCAAGACAAACCAGUCCGUCAAGCGAGCAAUGGAAAAACUUCGGGUUGGAGAGAUUGUGGUGCAGGAUGUAGCUGUGCAUGUGAAGGUUCUCCAGUCGGAAGUCUCACUCACGAGUGCAAACUCAAGGGAGCUGAUGAAUGAAGAUCUCGAAGGUUCUACGUUAUGA